AUGCAAGUGAAAACUAGGGUUUUGGUGGGUUCUCGUAUAAGAGCGCAAAGUUUUCCCACCGUCGUCUCCACUCUCCACUCAUCUUUAGCACAGCCUGCGCUCUCUUUCUCUCGCCACCAGCCAACUUCACUCAGGUCCCAAUCAGAAGCUCGAGAACAAGAGGCAAACAUGUCUGGUGAAGAACCUGUUGCUGCUGCUGCUGCAGAGGCCACCCCUGCCCCAGCACUUGGGGAGCCCAUGGACAUAAUGACUGCUUUGCAGUUGGUGCUAAGAAAAUCUUUGGCCCAUGGUGGUCUUGCUAGAGGCCUUCAUGAAGGUGCAAAGGUGAUUGAGAAGCACGCUGCCGUGCUCUGCGUAUUGGCUGAGGAUUGCGACCAGCCUGACUAUGUCAAAUUAGUUAAAGCACUUUGUGCAGACCACAAUGUGAACUUGAUCACUGUUCCAGCUGCCAAGACUCUUGGUGAAUGGGCUGGGGUAAGUAAAAAUCUGUUGAAUUGCUUUUAGGUUUAUGUUUGCUUCUUAUUGACAUCUUGUGAAGUUUUGGAUCACCCUAAUAAUUUACAUUUCUACCGAUCAUGCGUCCUGUAGCUGUACCAGACAGCUACUCUUUCUUAUCUGCUCCUCCCUUUAUAGUUUUACUUAUAGUUGGGCUUCAUUCUGGGAACUUCGGUUUGCUGUAUGACAUAAGGUUGCUUGAUUUGGUAGUAGUACAGACCAAGUAGAUUCUGUACUUUCAGCGGAGAAGUUUUGUUUAAUGUUUGAUAUACUUUAUAAGUGUGUUUUUUUUUUUGUUGCUUCUCCUUGCGUAGGAAUAAUAAGAUAAUCUGGUUAUGAAGAAGUCUAACCUUUGUUUGCAUAUGCAGUUGUGCAAAAUUGACUCCGAGGGAAAGGCAAGGAAGGUUGUGGGUUGCUCCUGCGUUGUUGUAAAGGAUUAUGGUGAGGAGACUGAGGGUCUUCACAUUGUCCAGGAGUAUGUUAAAUCUCACUAGGACAAUUUAGAUUUGAUUUUGAGUUGAGUGGAAUGGAGAAACUGUUUCAGUUUGUUACCCCGUGAACCUUUAUUUAGAAAAGAUUUUGGUAUUGAAUGAGAGGUGUUUAAUUACUUUUCAUAUGUACUUUAACAUUGAUACUCAUUUUGGCUCGUUCAUUAAACUAAGAUGUCUUUCAAAAAUGACAAGUCUUGGACUAUAUUGAUGAGUUGCCUACAAAAAUGAUGUGGCCUGAACUAAUUUGAAUUUGCCGGAG